UGCCUGGCUUCACCCUUGGGAAUGUGAGGUGCGUUGUGCCAUCCCAGCAUGCUGCGGUGCUCCGGGGACGGUGGUGCCACGCAUCCUGGGUGCUGCUAUGCUGGGAGGGAUGGGGUAAUGGGGACAGGGCGGGCUGGCUGCAGCACGUGAGCGGCGCCAUGCGGCACCAAGGGACCCGCCUUCCCACAGCAGCAGCCUCAUUACGCAGCUGGCAGACGAGGUCAGACGGGCGCUGCGAACACACCGGGCAGGCGGCAGUGGUGAGAUGGCAGCGCGGGAGCGCAGACAGGCUGUGCUGCAGCCGGGAGGCAGAGAAACCGCUGGCUGUAGCCUCUGGCCCCUGCCAGAGUGCUCCCUGCACUGGGGCAUCUUCUCGCUAACUCUCUUCUUUUCCUUCCUCCAAUUUUGCCCCUUCACCUUCUUCUCCUUUCUCUCCUCUCCUCUGCCCUUCCUCUCCCUAAGUUUCGAGGACUCCACCCUGUCCACAGCCACUACCCUUGAGUAUAUCCCCACCUCAGCAGGCGACCCUAAAUGCCAGAGGCCCCGCACGCUCAUGCGCCAGCAAAGCCUGCAGCAGCCCCUCAGCCAGCAUCAGCGCAACAACCACAGCCAGCCGACCACCAGCCAGAGCCUGGGCCACCUCCAGGCCCACAGCAGCUCCUCCGGCAGCGCCAGCAACCCCCGGGGCUCCCGCAGUGGCCAAGUGCGCCAGGGCAUCGCUGCUGGCUCCAAGCAGCGCACGAGCCGCUCCAACCCCGGCAGCUGGGACCACGUGGUGGGGCAAAUACGCAACCGUGGCUUGGACAUGAAGUCCUUCCUGUUGCCAGCUGGUGGCAAGGCAGUGAACACGGCACCUGUGCCCGGGCAGACACAGCAGGAUGAGUCUGAUCGCAAGACGGAGCCACGCUCCUCUGUCUCUGACCUGGUGAACUCCCUGACCAGUGAGAUGCUUAUGCUUUCACCAGGCUCCGAGGAUGAUGAAGGUCAUGAUGGCUCCAACCGGGAGAACCUGGGCCGCAUCCAGUUCAGCGUGGGCUACAACUUCCAGGAGUCCACCCUGACUGUCAAGAUCAUGAAGGCACAGGAGCUGCCAGCCAAGGACUUCAGCGGCACCAGUGACCCCUUUGUCAAGAUCUACCUGCUACCUGACAAAAAGCACAAGCUGGAGACCAAGGUGAAGCGGAAGAACCUCAACCCACACUGGAACGAGACUUUCCUCUUUGAAGGGUUCCCCUACGAGAAGGUGGUACAGCGGGUGCUGUACCUUCAGGUCCUGGACUAUGAUCGCUUCAGCCGUAACGACCCCAUUGGGGAGGUGUCCAUCCCCCUCAACAAGGUGGACCUUACCCAGAUGCAGACCUUCUGGAAGGACCUGAAGCCCUGCAGUGAUGGCAGUGGCAGCCGAGGAGAGCUCCUGCUGUCACUGUGCUACAACCCCUCCGCCAACUCCAUCGUGGUGAACAUCAUCAAGGCACGGAAUCUCAAAGCCAUGGACAUCGGGGGCACAUCAGAUCCCUACGUGAAGGUGUGGUUGAUGUACAAGGACAAGCGGGUGGAGAAGAAGAAGACGGUCGUGAUGAAGAGGUGCUUGAACCCUGUCUUCAACGAGUCCUUCUCCUUUGACAUCCCCACGGAGCGACUGCGUGAGACCACCAUUGUCAUCACCGUCAUGGACAAGGACAGGCUGAGCCGCAACGACGUCAUCGGCAAGAUCUACCUGUCCUGGAAGAGUGGCCCUGGUGAGGUGAAGCACUGGAAGGACAUGAUUGCGCGGCCCCGGCAGGCAGUGGCACAGUGGCACCAGCUGAAAGCCUGAGCCUCCAGUGUUGGGGACAGCACUGGGGAUGGUGCUGGGGACAUCCCCUGUCCUCGUGUCCCCACUGCAAGGCAAGACUUGUGCGAGUGCUUCCAGCCACAAUCUCCAGAGCCCUCACCCCAGCAUCACCUCACAUUUUGGGAGGCUGCUGGUGUAAGGGGGGGAGGAUCCAAGCCAAGCUCCCCUCCCUUCCCACUCAACACAACCUCUCCUAGCCGCCAGUGUCACCCUAGCGGAAUGAUGUCCCCACAUCCUGCCCCGUCCCCACCCCGGGGACACCCAAGGGAUUGGAAGCCAUGCCGCAGUUCAUUUGCCAAAGCAGGAGCAUUCAUCACUGCCUCUGGUGGGGUUUGCUGCUUUACCUCCCUCCUGGCUUAUCCCCUGCCCCCUCGCACCAUGCCAUCAAGUUGUCACCCCUGGUAGGAACACCUGGCAAUGUGUCCCCUCCUGGGCUGAUAUGCACCACCUUCCUCGUGGGCACUGCAUAAGGAUGGAGCAGUGCCACCAUCACCAUCCCUGUUGUCAUUGUCCCCAUUGGUGGCUUUGGGGGUUAGCAUCUGGCCAGCACAGUGUCAGCAGUGUCCCUAAGGUCCCUUGGCACCUCCCCAGUGCCACCGUGAUGGGCAUCCCCGAUGCCAGGUACCGAUGGUGUGGGUGCCACAGGUGCACAGAUGACACUGCUUGGCAUCCCUCCAAGGGCUCCCUGCUCUGCUGGGUGUCAGGGAUGAAGUGGUCUGCAGGUGUCCCCAGAGUCCCUUGGGUACAUCACAAAGCUCUCUGCCAGGACACAGGCCACUCCUGCCCGUCUGGGGACACCAUGGGGACUCUGCACUCCAGUCUUCCUGCUGCCACUUGGCACAUGUUCCCUUGGUCAGAACAUCCCCAGGAUGGGACAUCCUCAUGGUUGGGACGUUCCUGUAAGCAUCAGUGGCUGUGCCCCAGCUGCUGGGGUUCAUUCAUCACAUGGGGAACCUUGUGACAAAGCCAAGGAGCAGCCAUCACAGGGGUGCUACCCUUCCAAGUGGCCCUGGGUCACAGUAGCACUGUCCCUGUCCAACCACCAGUGAGUCCACCACAGAGCCCCAUUAGACCACUAUGGACAAUUUGGAGUGAAGUCAUAAUUCUGCUACGACAAUAAUAAUAACGAUGAUGCUUUUAGGGACAUUUGUAUUUUUAACCACAUCCUCUCUUUUUUUAACAUAACAGAGGAGAGCCAUGCACCUGGGGAAGGGCCGCACAGAGCUGAGGGGUGAGGGGUCCCCAAUGAAGGGAGUGGGGUAGGGUGCUCACGUCCUCCCCCCGCCCCCAUCACCUUGGGGCUGUGUGUUCAUUUUUAACUCUAGAGCUCUUAGCCGUGAUCUUGUUCAGGUCUCUCUCUCUUCUUCAUGUGAUGGUAACAUCCAAUUGGUGUGUAAAAUACAGAGAAAAAAACAGAAACAAACAAACAAACAAACAAAAAGAGAUGAAGAAUGGGGGGGGGAGGGGGCAGCCUGGUGGAGGCCUCUUUGCAGAAUCCUAUUUUUAGGGAGCGGGGACCCUCAUUUUCUGGAGGCAGCUCCCACUCUCGGUAAUAAAGGACUGUGUGAAUCUG